AUGCGCGGCUCCCAUCUCCUCCCUAAACAACUUCGCUCUCUAGGCAAAAGCGACAGCUGGCUAAACCGGACCCUCACUUCUAAUCUCCUCGCUUUGUCGCAUACCGCUUGUCAGCACCCCAUUCAUACGAUCGUCAUCAUCGCUUUGCUGGCCAGCACCUCAUACGUUGGCUUGCUACAAGAGAGCUUGUUCGACAGUGGAGUCAAGUCCCUCCAACACAAUGGUCGAGUCGACGUGGAUGCCCUUUUGAAAGGAAGCCGGACGUUAGAGCUGUCCAAAAGCACUGCCUGGAAAUGGCAGUUCUCCGAAGAUUCGACAGUCCCGGAGUCAUCCUUGGGCCCCCACCAUUAUGCCCUCAGCACAUUCAUUUUUCCAGACUCUUCCACAUCCCAGCUGAAUCCAGAUGCUCAUGCUGUUCCUAUUCCGGCCAAUGUCACGGCCACUAAUAUCCCAACUACCUCGAACCUGCUCUCGCCGAUAUCGCACGACACUUCCCUAGCCUUCUAUACUCAUUUCUCCGAGCUCGCCGACUUCCUACGUGCCGUACAGACACUGCCAGCACACCAGACAUCCUCCGAUGAUCAGCAGACACUAUGGAUUAUGAAGGCUGCCCAUCUGAAUGGAAAUGGCUCACGUGGGGCAUACCAGACCUGGUUCAGCGAAGGCUGGUCCUCAUUCGUCGACCUUCUCAAGCAUGCAGAGACCCUGGACAUCAUCAUCAUGUCUUUAGGCUAUUUGUCCAUGCACCUGACCUUUAUUUCUCUUUUCCUCUCUAUGAAGCGCCUUGGCUCGAAUGCUUGGUUGGCUAUCUCCGUCUUGCUUUCCAGCCUGUUUGCUUUUCUUUUUGGCCUGGUUACCACCACCAAGCUUGGAGUGCCCAUUAAUAUGGUUUUGCUGUCGGAGGGUCUACCAUUUCUAGUGGUCACCAUUGGUUUCGAGAAGUCAAUUAUUCUAACCAAGGCUGUUUUGUCGGCUUCCUAUGACACCAAGAGGCGACCCCAAGAAAAUGGGUCAGCAAACGGUCACGCCAUCGGGGCCGCCUCCAAUCAGCCGCAUUCAAUUCAAGAUGCCAUCCAGAUAGCCGUCAAAGACACAGGUUUUGAGAUUGUGAGAGAUUAUGCCAUUGAGAUUGCCCUGCUCAUCCUGGGCGCAGCUUCCGGAAUUCAAGGCGGCCUUAGACAGUUUUGCUUUCUCGCCGCCUGGAUUUUGUUUUUCGACUGUGCACUUCUGUUCACCUUCUAUACCACCAUUUUGUGCAUCAAGCUCGAAAUCAACCGAAUCAAGCGACAUGUUGCUCUUCGUAAGGCCCUGGAAGAAGAUGGAAUCAGCAACAGAGUUGCCGAGAAUGUGGCCACUAACAAUGACUGGCCCAGUGGUCAACCCGACCAAGCUGGAGGUUUUAAUAUAUUCGGCCAGAAGAUUAAGGCCAGCAGCGUGCCUAAAUUCAAGAUAUGGAUGGUCACUUCGUUCGUCAUCAUCAACCUUAUCAACCUGUGCACGAUCCCGUUCCGCACCACACUUGCGGGCAAAUCUGCAGGAGCCACAAUCCCCAGUGUUCUGACUCCCUCACCCAUUGACCCUUUCAAGGUUGCUGAGAAUGGUCUCGAUGCGAUCUAUGUCACAGCGAAGAGCAAGAAGUUGGAGACCUUUGUCACUGUUCUGUCGCCCAUCAAAUAUGAGCUCUUACACCCAUCUUUAGAUUCAACCGGCCUAGGAGAUGAGCUUGGAUUCUUCGACUAUCAGUAUACCGAUCAGCUCUUCAACGUGGUUGGAGGACGCGUCAUCGAGGGCGUCCUCAAGAGCUUCGAAGAUCCUGUCCUCAGUAAAUGGGUACUGAUUGCAUUGACCCUAAGCCUCAUUCUGAAUGGCUAUCUAUUCAAUGCGGCAAGAUGGAGUCUGAAAGAGCCGCAAUCUGCUGCACCCUCACCCGGCGGAGCUUUCAAAGCGCCCCAGCUUGAACUUCCUCAAACACCUAGACAGAGACCUGCAAAGCUUGCUUUGCCAGUGGGCUCUACCAGAUCACGAGCGGAAUGUGAGCAAAUGCUGAAAGAGAGACAAGCUGCUUAUCUCACAGACGAGGAACUGAUCGACUUGUCCCUGCGAGGUAAAAUCCCAGGAUAUGCCAUUGAGAAGACUUUGGAGAACCCAGAAGCUAUGACACGUCUUGAAUCAUUUGUCCGUGCGGUUAAAGUCCGAAGGGCUGUCGUGUCCCGAACUCCUACCACGAAGAAUUUUGCGUCAGGAUUGGAGACCUCCAAGACUCCAUAUAAAGAUUACAACUAUGAACUAGUUCAGGGAGCUUGCUGUGAGAAUGUCAUUGGAUACCUUCCGCUUCCUCUGGGUGUUGCUGGUCCUCUUGUCAUCGACGGGCAGCAAUACUUCCUACCGAUGGCCACCACUGAAGGCGUGCUCGUUGCAGGUGUUAGUCGUGGAUGCAAAGCCAUCAAUGCAGGAGGCGGUGCUGUAACUGUGCUUACCGGUGACGGCAUGACUCGUGGGCCAUGUGUGGCAUUUCCCACGCUAGCACGAGCCGGAGAAGCCAAGGUGUGGCUUGAUUCGGAUGAAGGACAACGCCAGAUGAAGGAUGCAUUCAAUUCCACGAGUCGUUUCGCUCGUCUUCAGUCGAUGAAGACAGCAAUGGCAGGCACAUAUCUCUAUAUUCGAUUCAAGACCACCACUGGAGACGCUAUGGGAAUGAACAUGAUCUCCAAAGGCGUUGAGAAAGCGUUGUCUGUCAUGUCAAUGGACUGUGGUUUCGAGGACAUGGUGACCAUCACACUGUCAGGCAAUUUCUGCACCGACAAAAAGCCGGCGGCAGUGAACUGGAUUGAUGGACGAGGCAAAGCUGUUGUAGCCGAGGCCAUCAUUCCCGGUGAUGUUGUCCGCAGUGUGCUCAAGACUGACGUUGAUACACUCGUGGAGUUGAACAUUGCCAAGAAUCUAAUUGGCAGCGCCAUGGCAGGCAGCAUUGGUGGGUUUAAUGCCCACGCGUCCAACAUUGUUACCGCCAUGUUCCUGGCCACUGGUCAGGAUCCUGCUCAGAACGUGGAGAGCUCCAACUGCAUCACCAUCAUGAAAAACAACAAUGGCAGCCUACAGAUCAGUGUGUCGAUGCCUUCGGUCGAGGUUGGCACAAUUGGUGGUGGCACGAUUCUCGAAGCACAAUCGGCCAUGCUUGAAUUGCUCGGUGUACGUGGCUCGCACCCGACCACACCUGGUAAUAACGCUCGGCAACUGGCGAGGAUUGUGGCAGCUGGUGUGCUGGCAGGUGAACUGAGUCUUUGCGGAGCUCUGGCUGCAGGGCAUUUGGUGAGAGCUCACAUGGCGCUUAACCGUAGCGCUGUACCAACUCGGACAACUACGCCGGUCUCUGCGGCGGUAGAGCCUUUUAUACGCGCACAAGGAGGAUCCAAUAUACGUGCCUCAUUACAGAUGACCAAUGGUCGAUAG